AUGGCAGAAAGUAUAGAACGUGUUGCUAUUGAUAAAUCUGGUACUCUUAGAUCAUUUUAUGAUGGAUGUCGAGAUAUUAUACGAGGAAAAUUAAUUGGAAACUUCAUGACAAAUUCUACUUUAUGUAAAGAACAACCAAUAUGCUUAUUAAUAAACGGUCGUACAGUCGAAUGUCAGAAUCUUCUCGAAAUGAUGAAAUUUGAUUGUGAAUUACGAUUGAGUAUUUACCUUAAAUUGGUUCCAGUGAAUGGAAUAGCUUCAUUGAUGGAUUAUCCUCGACGCAUUGACCAACACACCCGUUUCAUAUAUUUUCAAUAUAAAACACACACAGAAUCAUGUUCUGACAGCUUUGAUAUGUCACAAAUACCUUCGUUUUCUAAAACUUUUGCCACACAUAUUAUCACUGAGAUUAAUUGGGGUAUGAAUAUUAUUAUUGUACUGCAAUUAGCACCUGAUCAAGCAAUAAAAGUUGACUCCAUACUUAACCAAAUAUGUAUGUCUUUAAUAAAUGAUAAACGAGCAAUGGAAAUGGAUCAAAAAGAAGAAGAUUUAUGCAAUAAUAUUAUAUCAACAACAGUCUAUUCAAAUAUAGAUGAAUUUACUAAAUUAAACAAAUUAACAGAUGUAUACCGAGAAAUUUUCAAAUUCAAGAAAGUUCGGCAUGAACAUCAACGAUUAAACUACAUUCUUUAUCCAACCAAAACUUUGUAUCCUGAACGUACGGCUGAUAAUAUAAAAUUUAUAUCCAUUGAUCUCACCGUGUUAGAAUCGUUAGAAGUCUAUUUACUUCAACUAUUCAAUGAACUUAAACAAUUGCAUAUACGUCUUCAUUGUGAUUUGCCUGAUCUAUUAAAAGAUAAAUUAGAAAAAGAGUUAAAAAUGGCUCAUAAAUCUCUUCAAGAUAUACAUGAGACUCAUGAACAACAACUUCAACAAAUUCGCGAAUUAGUCAUAGAAAUUCGCAAAGGAAUUAAUAUAGAAAGGACGGGGGCGCAUAAGAACGUGAUUUGGCCCACUGAGGAUUUUCACAUAUUACUCAGUACAAUCUUAUCUAGAAUGAAAGAGUUUUUAUCGC